CCGGCCGAUGAUUCGCAGCAAAUGUGACACAGGCAUAACUCUCAUUCUCUGCAUUACUACUUACCCUUACAGUAGGUCAUGAAACUUAAUAUUAAUCUAUAGUAAAUUAAGGACAUCUACAAAACAUUCUAUACGAGGCUCAAAAUGGCGACAGGAAGAGACAAUGGGGAUGAAUAUCACGAGCAGUUGAAAUGUGGGAUUUGUUUGGACAUUGUCAAGACACCAAAGUCCUUACAGUGUACCCAUACAUUUUGUUUCACGUGUUUAGAUGGAUGGAUUAAGGCCAAUAGACGAAACAGGAAUAGGAAAUACCCUUGCCCGACUUGUAAAGAUCCGCACGACAUUCCACAAAAUGGAGCGAAUGCGUAUAAGACUAAUGUGAUGGUCCAAGGCAUCGUGGACAUUGUGGAUAGAAAGCGAAAACUAAAUGAGGGAGAUACCAUCGAAUGCGAUAUAUGUAUUCAGGAUAACCUACAUUCCCCUGCACUCGCACGCUGUAUGGAAUGUGCUGAGAAUAUGUGCCAAGCAUGUAAAAGAGCACAUGGGCUUUCAAGGGGCACCAAGUCGCAUGAACUGUAUAAGUUAACGGGAAACGCUGACGAGGAUUCAAAAACAGCUUUGGCACACUUAUCGAGUCGGAAUAUCAAUUGUUCAGAGCAUCCCGAUCAACCGUUGUUAUUUUUCUGUAAGGAAGAUAAAAUACCAGUAUGUCGAGACUGCUGCAUCACUGAACACUCAAAACAUGAAAGUGUGAAAAUAGAGACAAUAUCAGAACCAGAAAAAGAGCGCAUCGCUGCCUUGGUCGAGUUAAUAAAGGAGAAGAAGUAGAAGUACGAAAGGGC